UGACGUGACCGGAAGCGAGGAGGGUCCUUCGGCGCUGCCCGCCCGCCCAAGGUGCCUGCGGAGCUCGCGCGGCGGGAGCGGCGGCGGCGCCAUGAUGGUGGGCAGGACCAGCGCCAUCGCCGCGGGGCUCUGCGGGGCGCUCUUCAUCGGCUACUGCAUCUACUUCGACCGCAAGAGGCGGAGCGACCCCAAUUUCAAGAACCGGCUGCGGGAGCGAAGGAAGAAACAGAAGCUUGCCAAAGAGAGAGCAGGACUUUCCAAGUUGCCUGAUCUGAAGGAUGCUGAAGCAGUUCAGAAGUUUUUCCUUGAGGAGAUUCAGCUUGGAGAGGAAUUACUAGCUCAAGGUGAAUAUGAAAAAGGUGUUGAUCACUUGACCAAUGCCAUUGCUGUAUGUGGGCAGCCGCAGCAGCUACUACAAGUUCUACAGCAGACUCUUCCACCACCAGUGUUUCAAAUGCUUCUAACUAAGCUCCCUACAAUAAGCCAGAGAAUUGUAAAUGCACAGUGCUUGGCUGAAGAUGAUGUUGAAUGAGGUCACACCACAACGGGGGGAAAAAAGUUUUCUUACCCCAGAAGAUGAGCAUCAGUAGGGGGAUAAAGGGGCAAACAUAGUAGUUAAUGGACUGUGUACCACAUCGGGUUCUACCAGAGUUAAAAUUAACUUUGUGUAGGUGGGUUUCGCAGGAUUUUAUUUAUUAUCCCAGUGAAAAGUGUAUUUUGAUAAGAAUUCAUUUUAUAAAUACACUGUGUUGAGUUAUCAAAGUAUCACUAACUUCAUUAUUAAAAUACGCAGUUGUAAUGUUGUACAUAUACAGACAUAAAACUAUGACCUAUUAAAAACCCAAUGCUCAUUUUUGAAAAAACGAAGUUAUGGCAAUAAAGAUUUAUCUGCACUUGUGUGUCCCUAUAGUACUACUUUAAAAUCCAGAAUAUUUCGGUGUCAGAGCAAAUGAUCUAAAAAUGACAACAUUAAAAUUUAUUUUUAAUGUUAUGGCUGGUCUUCCAAUACUUUUAAUUAAGUUAAAACUUUGUGUAAUUUCCUGAGAAAACAAUAUAUGUGAUCAUUUAAACAGUAACAGAUAACCUUAGAAGAAGAUGCAAAUCACAAUGGUAAGAGAUGACUCAGAAAGAAUGACAAAUCCAUUUAUCAGGAACAAAAACAUGUAUAGUGAUCAGUUCAAAAUUACUGGCAAACUUGAAAGCUCUGUUAAUACAGGUGUCUGAAACAAAGCUGUUUGGAAUAGAACCUGGGCACAUUUUAAGAGCACAAAAGUGGGUGUUUUUUGGAAGGCUUGAAACUUUGCAAGAUAGUUGACAUUUCAGUCUGUAGUCUUCAAGACCAUAGCAAAUGGUUGUUAACAGUCUUUUAAAGGUAUUUGCCUUAAGAAAAAAAAUUGCACUGAUAAAGUAAGACAAUUAUAUCUCUAGGGUAAAUAGCAAAAGCUAAUGCAAUUACAUGUUGUACAAUUUCAAUAUGGUAUGGUGAAUUUUCCUUUGCCAAUGAAGACAAAUAAUACACAGCAGGCUCAAGUGGAGUAGGAGAAAUGUACUUAGGAGAGCAAGUUUUUAAUGGGUAGGAUCUUCUAAAUGUCAAAGCAGACUGGUUUCUGCUAUUCUCUAGGUUUGUGCUAUCACCACUCAGGUGGCAGAAGAAACAAUUAAAAAUGUAGCUUUGUCUUUUUGGCACAGUGAUUGAUUUUUAACUUGAGGAGAAUGCUUUGAGGUGUUUUUCCUACCAGCUGACAGUACUAAUGCUGCUAGAUUAAUAGUAAGGUAUUAUGUGGCAUAAUCUUGUAGAAGUGAGAUAUGUUGAGAACACUAGCCAACUCUCAUUUCAGCCUGGUGCAAGUUUCUUCAAAGGCAGAUUCUCCUCAGUGGUUCAGGACUUGCCUCACAUGGGAUUUUUGAGACGUUAAGUGGGUAGUUGAUGGUGACUUAGUAGACAAUACCUGGGUUUGGGAAUAGAAAUGGCUCUUGCUGAGUCAUUCUGCUGAGAUUGUUUGCUAUGGAAUAGGUAGUUUCCCCUUAAGCCCUUGAAAAUAUUAUUUCCAAAGAUUUGAGGUGCUAUUGAAAUUUUCUGUAAUGUGAUAAAUACUGAAGUUAGUGGCUGGUAUCAACAAACAUCUUAAACAACUGGAUGUAGUUUAAUUUCUGUGCUUGAAUUGUUCAAGUAGCAAGAGGUAAAACGUCGCAGACAUAUUCUUCAGGGGACAAUGGCCAGUGUGCUCUUUUCCUUUUAAUUUAUUUUACAGGGUCAAAGUUAUUUUGCACUUAAUAAAAAUUAUUUUAAUGAGGCUUUUUGAAGGAGUUUUUCUUUUCCCUUCUAACCCUUAAAAGUAAAAAGUAGGAAUUCGUAGGUUAUGCUGAUAGAACUGUUACCAUAUUUACCUUCUGUUCUGCUGGUCAUUUCAGCCUGUCUUUUUAGUUCAGCUUUUAACAUUGUUUUGAGGCAAAUAAAACUUCCAUCCUGCUUUGAAAAAGAAAGCCAAACAGCACAUGACAAAAGUAGCAGCCUUCUGUCAAACCUGAGCAUUUUUCUACACUCUGUGGUAUAAUGAUGACAAUUCAAAUUCACCUUUUAGCUUACAGCAAAGCUCUCCUGAUCUGUGUUUCAGCAAACCCGUGUCAAUUCUGAUUUUGAUGGAAGGCUUGGUGAUACUCUCAUCAUAUCUAUAAAUGGUAUUUGCUGUAAUAAUUGACAUAGACACUAGUAUUGCUUUAGCAUUUUUCAUUUUCUUGAGCCUGCAAAGUUAGAUGCAAACAAAAUUUAGGACAGCAUAUGUUUAAAUGUAGCCUUAAAUGCAAAUUUAUUGUCAUAUCUGAUAGCCUAGAAGUACCUGGCUAGUAUGCUAGAGCAAGCUCUGAUACCUGUUUUGAGUGCCUUGGACUAAUAGAGUGGAAUGCUGAAUCCUUUUAACAAGACUGGAAUUUUUUCUUCUCCCCAAAUGUCCCAGUGAAGCUAAUACUCUACACUUGUGGAGACUUGGAAGAUAUUGUCUAGAAUGCAAACUUGCUGUUACUCCAAGAGCAGCAGGCUGACAGAGGUACAGCCAAGCACCCACAGUCCACAGAUGUUUCAGACUCAAGUAGAGACACUGUCUUCAGACACCAGCAAAGUGCAGGUCAUCAGAAACGUCGUGGUAAUGAUGGAUGUUUCUGCAUCAGCAGUAGCAAUGCCAUUGCAUUAGCUGUGCAUAGUGCUGUACAUUUCGUUUCACUUAUGCAAAUGAAAAAAGUGUGGAAGUAAUCCACAAUUGCAGUUGUGGAUUUGCUGCUAUGGAGCUCACAGCUGCUGGAGAAGAAAUUGGCAAUCUUACUUUACUACAGGUUAAACUACUAGUCCUUUUCCUAGAAAGCACCAUCUUCCCUUCUGUGCUUCUCCAAGGAAAAGACACUUGUUUUCAGCACUAGAAGGAUUUCUUAUAAAGAAACUGAGAGGUCUGUUAGUUUUAUGUUGGGAAGUUUUCUGUCCUUGGUUAAGAGUAUCUUAGGCAGUUUUUAUAGAAAAAAAAACCCACCCAGCUAGUUUCAUUAUCAUGCAAGACUACCUUUGAUGUCUCACAUUUAAGUUUUCUAGAUAAUGGAACCAAAUCCAAAACCAGAGUGGUCAGGCACACACUGAAUCAUCUGGCACUAAUUUCCUUUCCCUGGGGGCUGACACAAUAUUAUUGUUGCCCUUAACAUGAAAAAUGGAGAAGUCCCAGCCCUGCUGUGUAGGAGGCCAGCCAGCCAUCAUCAAAGUAAAGCUCCAGCUAUUUAUGCACUCAGAAGAAUCUUUCUAAAGUUUCAUUUGUACAUCUGUUGAUGGUGUGUUUAAAGUCCCUUAGGCUGAACAGUGGCCCCACAUGACUGUUGUGUUACAGUUAACAUGAGUUAAACAUCAAGGGAAUCUUUGAAGUGGUCACUAAGUGCUUUUAGUGAUUGUUUCAAAGGCAUGUUGUGCUGCACACCCAUGCUUCUGUGUUUUUAAAUGUAUGGACAUAAAAAGGGCUGAUGUGAAAAGAACAAAAAAAAUUCUGUAAGGUUUCUGUUGUACCCAAGUUUUGGUUUGGUUUUUAGUUAGCGUGUUUACACUGACCAGCAUAGCUUACAGUAUUCUCUGUGCACUGACCAAAAGCCUGUUGCAAAAAGUGGAAACUUGUGCUUAAUUCAUGAGGACUGGGCUAGCUUUCAUCAGAGCAUGCCAGAAACUGAACUAGUCUGGGUAACAGUACUUGUUUUCUGCAUUUAUACCAAACUCAAACUUCCCAAAGAAAAUGUGGAUGUCCAAUGCUGUUGUUCUCACAGGGCAGUUUGCCACAUCCGGUGUAUGAAUGUGUGAGUGAAGCUGUACAAAACAGCUGGCUCUUCUGUGGUAUUUUUUGUACCAAACUGUCCAACAUGCUGGCACUAGAUAAUGGGCAGCUUUUUCGAAGUACAGUGUUUUCCAUAUGUUCUUGAAAAGAAAAUCCAUGUUCUCUCUUCUUUCCCUACAGUAGGGACUAGCUUCAAAGAAUAUUUACUAGAUAUCUUCUGAUAAGCUCACUACCCUGCUUUCCAAUCAUUCCUGUAACUUAAUAGUCCUUAACCCUUAAAGGCAUCUGAGCUAUAAGCUUUAGACUCCAGGCAUACAGUCCUUGUUUCUGCUUCAGAAAGGUCAGGUCUGUCUUUACCAGGUUGACAGAUGGAUGUCCUGCAGUGCUCACUCACAAUUUCAUUAUUUCCUUUGCACCCUGAGAUAUUCUCAACUCAUCUGAGAUGAGAGGGUGUCUGGUGGUGCUCACCCGUGGUGGGAGAGUUGCUUAACAGAGUGAGUGUUGCAGUUGUGAGUGGCUUUUGUGUAUGAAAUUCCUAGUGUGCAUGGAGGCAGAAAACAGAUGAAGUCAAAUGGUUCUGCCUCUUUGCGUGUUGGACCCUUACAGCUAAAAACUGAUUUGGUCACAUAAUCAUUUCCUUGAGCAGGUCUAAAUCUAAACACCAGAGGGCAGUUUUGCACACACAUUUUGUGCAAGCUCACCCUGCAAAAUCCUAAUUUUUAGAAUCUUCCUGUCUGGUGAGGUGAUGCAAUGCAGCAUUUUGUCCACACAGAUUUGGUAUGGUGUAUAAGACAGGCUCAGUGGAGCAGCAGUGGAAUGUGUUUCUACUGAUAAUACCUAACUUUGGCUUUUUAAAAUCUGGUGUGUUUAAAUUGUUGUGAUGUCAUGGUUAGGAGGAUUUCCCUCUUUCUCUCCAUCCCUCAAUACAAACUAGGUAAAUAGAUAAGCCAGCUGCAUUGUACAACUUCAAGUCUGCAACAAAAUGCAACUGCAUCUGAUUGCCAGGCAUGCAAGAGAAGUUUUCCCUGCCCAGCUGUGAUUAUUCUGGGUGAGCUUUGCUAGCUGGUGAAAGGAAUGCACCUUUCACAGUUAACUGCAGGAGGGGUGGAAGUGAAAUCUGAAUCUUGCCUGGAGUUGGACUCUGCCUGUGAUGGGAGAAGAGCCAACCAAAAAAAAAAAAAAAAAGCACGAUAUUAUAGGUUGGUGACAGGAUGCAUUUUCAAUGCUGGUUGAAUUUCAGCUGAUGUUGACAAAAUCUACUCACCCUGUUGUGAUCCUGCAGCUGACAUGAAGUGAGCUGGUCUCAUACUUUGUCUCUCUCAUGCAUUUGAGGCAGCUGUUUGCAUCGUAGCAGCACCCUGGCUCAAAACGGAAUCUUUAUUCCUACAUCUCAAAAGUGUUUUUUCUCUGCUUCCUGGUCUUUGUUUGGGGGGUAGGUUGGGGGCGGGGGGGUAAAGUGUAUGUGUACUAUACAAGUAAAUGGAAAUUUUCCACCCUUGUAACAGUCAAUCAGCAUUUUUCCAAACAUUCAACUUGUUAGUAAGAAAUUCUUCAGUCUGCUCAACAAAUGACAACAUCUAGAGAAAGCUGUUUAAUAAAAGAUACUGUGUGAAAACCAUACUUCUUCUCUUUCCUUAGGUCACUCUGGCCAUGUUACACCCUGUAACAUAGCCUGGAAGAUACAGAAAUUUGCUGUAAAAAAAACAGUAUUUGCCUAUUUUGGCAUGUAUGUAAAAGAGCAUUUCCCCAGAACUCUGAAACAUUAGCUGGUUAACAUCUCUUGUUGUAUUUAAUGUUAUUUAAUGAGAAAGAAUGUACAUUCAGCUUUGAUGAUUAAAAUUACAAUGAUUAUUGCAUGAAUUUGUGAAUUAUAGUGCAAUGACUAAUUAAAUGGAGAAAUGAAGCAAA